AUGUCCGAUUCUUUUUCUAGCCUAUCAUCUAACUUGACUUCUGUUCCCAUAAAGAAAAAAGAGACACGGCAACGUGCGGUACUCAGCUGGUAUGACUUGCGGAGCGAAGAGUAUACGGCCUCUGAUGUGGCUCAACUCUUGCUUGAUAGAGCAGCCGGUUGUGUAAAUAUUUGCGAGGUCAAGCACAAUUUUUGCGCCAACUUUUCUGUGAUUCGUUUAAAGACUGCGUAUCUGGUAGCUGGAUUCAAUAUCAGCACCAAUAAGUGGAUGGGCAAGUGUUCCCAUAAAGAAAAAAGAGACACGGCAAUGUGCGCCAACUUUUCUGUGAUUCGUUUAAAGACUGCGUAUCUGGUAGCUGGAUUCAAUAUCAGCACCAAUAAGUGGAUGGGCAAGUGA